AUGGCCAGAAACGAAGAAAAGGCGCAAUCUAUGCUGUAUCGCUUUCGCGAGGCAAAGAAUGCAGAGCUAGGCGGGUCAAAAGUACAGCAGCGCCGACCCUUCCGGGUGUCAGAGGUCACCUCCUUAACCGAGGCCGAGAAGUGGCGUCGGAACACUAUUGGCGACAUCUCUAAAAAGAUGAGCAAGAUUCAAGACAGCAGCAUAUCCGACUUUCAGAUUCGCGACUUGAACGACGAGAUCAACAAAUUGAUGCGUGAGAAGUAUCGUUGGGAGCAGCAGAUCGUGGAUCUUGGCGGUAUCGACUACAGGAUAACUGGCCCUAAGACGUUGGACGCACAAGGCAAGGAAGUCCCCGGUGCUCGUGGAUACAAAUAUUUCGGGCGCGCAAAGGACCUCCCAGGUGUCAAGGAACUCUUCCAGCCCAAACCAUUGACGCUGAAGGAAAAGACUAGGGCAGAACUUCACCGCAACGUUGAUGCCGAUUACUACGGAUACAGAGACGAGGAGGAUGGCACGCUUCUGGAGUUUGAAGAAGAGCAUGAGCACAUUGCGAUGGAAAAGGCAUUGGAGCAGGCAGAGGAGGCGGACGAGGACGCAAUGGAGGUGGAUGGACAGCAGGGCGAGAGACCUCAGGCUCUGGGUAUAUUGCAUGUGCCCUCGCAAAAGGAAGUGGAAGAGUACCUCGUCAAGAGGAGGAAGCAGGCUAUUCUGGACCGCUACGUGAACGAGGACUUGGUCAAGACCGCAUAA